CACAGAUAUGAAACAGCUAUUUUACUUGUUCUUCAGACUGGAUAGCGUAAAUUAAAAACAGACUGACACGGGCUAAAAAUGGAAACCAUGAGGGUUCUUCUGGUGCUUGCACUAGCUGUUCUUACAGGUUGCCAAGCCAACAUAUUUAACACCACUGAUGAAACUAUCCAUGAUAACACUAUGUCCAAGGUUGAGGAGGAUAUCAAUGCUACACUAUCACAGAACAACAACACAGCCAAUCAAUAUGCCAUCACCCUCAAGGACAAGAUGAAUCCUCUAUCUGAAGACCUGAUGAGCAAAAUCACGAAAGAGGCUGAAGUGUUGAGGGAGCAUCUGGAACAGGGCCUGAUCGCAGUGAGGAACCAACUGGAGCCCUAUGCUGAGAAUAUCAAGAGCCAAAUUCAGCAGAGAGUGGAGGACCUCAGAGCAGCCAUGGCUCCAUAUGCAGAGUCCCUCGAUUCUGAAACCCUGCAGACCACACUGAUUCAGAUAAGGGAAGAACUGAGAGGGAGCCUGGAGCAGAGCGUGAAGGAGCUGCAGGCUCAACUUGAUCCCUACACUGCUGAUCUCAAGGAAUAUGUGGACCAGUAUUUGCAGGAAUAUCUGUAGCUCCAUUGCCUAAAGAUCUCCAGACUCAGAUUUAUCCUACAGAUAUAUGGUUGCUUCAUCUGUUUCUUUACUGUAUAACUGUUCGAUACUUAACAUAACUUUCUUGUGAGUGAAAGAAAUGUUUGCUAAGUUUCUUGCAAAGUUUAUAAUUUUACUUAUUAGUGAAAAAACUUCCACCCUGUUAUGACGUGUAAUAUACUAUGUCCGGUUUAAUAAAACCAAUGAAUUUCUGUAGAAAAGUACAUGUUUCUUUAUAUGAUUAUAUACUGCUAGAAGUA